ACCAUAAUUACAACACUUGAUUCCAUAUUUCCAUGUCAAGGUCCUAAAAAUAGCAUAGAUUUAAGGCUCUCACCUCUUAUGUGAAACGGGAAAAAGUUUUAUGUAAAGAAAACCAAAAAAAAAAAGAAGAGAAAAAACUAUUCUUUCUUGCUUGUGAUUGAAGACACACUGCUUAACAAGCAAGCAGUUGUUCAUACAAAAGUUGAAAGAAAUGUUUGAUGAUUCCCGGGAGUUAUCUCCUUCUUCCGGCUCGAUUUUUUCCCAGAAUUCCAGAGCCAGAAAAGGGUUGUUUCCAAGGAGCAGGGAGGUGUUCAUGGACCCUUCUGGUAACACAGAAUUUGGUAGAAACUCUGGGUUGCUCAGGUUUCGCUCUGCCCCAAGCUCUGUGCUUGAGAAUUUCACUCAUGGGGUUGAAAAGAGUGAUGGGUCUGGUUCAAGAUUCAAUCUUGGCAGUUCAAAUGGGGGGUUGGUCUCUCAGGGUAGUCUGAAUUUGGAGGACAGUGGGUAUAAAGGUUUUGUUAAUGGGUUUUCUGGUUUGCCUCCUCAGUAUCCAAGGCAAAGUUCAAGUGCCCAAUUGGUGGAUGGUGGUGGGCUAUUGGGGUCCAAUCUCAUGAGACAGAACAGUUCACCUCCUGGCCUAUUCUCACAUCUCACCCCUCAAAAUGGUUAUGACGCGAUGAAGGGAUACAGAAUGGCGGUGCAUGGUGGUCAUGGAGACACGAGCCUAUCUUCGAACAAGUUGAAGAGUCCUUUGAGCUACUCAUCUGGUUGUGUAGGGAUGUUGUCUCAAAUCACAGAAGUUGAGAAUGAGAGCAAUGCAGAAAGUUGUGAGAAUGAUGAUGAGAAACCCGGGAAUGGCAAUGCAGACACUCGAUUUUUUGGCCAUGGGUUUCCAUUUGCCUCGUGGAGUGAUCCUCCAAACUUUGCAGAGAACCUGAAUGGCCUUAAAAGGGAGCUGGAUAAUGACACAAACCUAUUUGCUGCUGCUAAUACUCAAGUUGGGGACAUGGGAACUCAACCCCAAAGUUUGUCACACCCUUUAAGUUCACAAAAGACUGAUUCUUCUGCAAUAUCUGCUAUGGAGAAGCUAUCAAACUUCCCAGAUACUGUUCCCUGGAACAUCCGGGCUAAACGUGGCUGUGCUACUCAUCCAAGAAGCAUUGCAGAGAGGGUAAGAAGAACACGAAUUAGCGAAAGAAUGAGGAAACUACAGGACCUCGUCCCAAACAUGGACAAGCAAACCAACACAGCAGACAUGCUAGAUUUUGCGGUCGAGUACAUUAAAGAUCUGCAAAGACAAUACAAGACCCUUGCAGACUGUCGAGACAAAUGCAAAUGCUCGGCUAUGAAAAAACCGGGUUUGAAUCAGAGAGUCUGACAUAACACUUCUGUAGAGCAGAGAAGAAUGGGAUUCGCGACACAGAAAGAGGGAAGGAAAUAUACAAGAGUUAGAACUUAUGUUUCUUGUAGUAUUGUAUUGUUUUUUCCAUGAUAAUAACUAGCAUGUUAAUGGGAUAGUGAUUAGUUAUACCUAUAAGAUGAUACAUAUAGAUGCCACAAAGUAACAAUGUUAUAAGCAUAGAAUUAGUAGGAAAGAAGCAUAGAUUAGAUGCAAGAGAGAAAGAUCGAUCAUGUAUUACUUUUGCCCUAUAGUUUAAAUUGUCUAACGAGUUUCAA